ACUGGAUUAACCGCAGAGUCACGAACUCUUGUGAGUCUCUGAUGAACUAAACUAUAAAAAUAGCAUGAAAUAACCUCAAAGGUAACCUUGAUAGUUGAUACCCAAAUGCCGUGACUUGGGUGCAGUUUUGUUAUACCACAAAGCUUGUCCUCUAAUGCUUCACCACGUACUCUGCUGACGCCACGAAAUUCUCAACGCCCAUUGGCCAAUCGACAACGAAUCAGUGAGACAGGAAGUGGACGCGUCUCCUUAAAUCGUCGAGGUCUACCCGAGGAGCUGGUAUUUGUAUGCAGUUCUUUGUGAAGAGCAAAUCUCGUGGAGAAGUUGGCGAUUUCACGUUUUCAACAAGAUGAAAUUAUCUGGAUUUCUCAUCUUCAUCGUGACUGCCUCGUUGGCUUCAGCUGCAAGAAAGGGCUGCAACAUUCCAUUAAGUAAAACAGACAAAGGUGUUAAAUUUACGGCAUCCUCGUAUGAUUAUGGAAAGGAACCGUACAGAGCGAGAAUGGACGAAUCAAAAGCCUGGUGUGCAGCAAAAGGCACUGUAAAAUACAGAGGGUACAUUCAAGUAGAGUUAUCCACAUUACGCCACGUCUCUGCAAUCGAAGUUCAGGGAGCUAAAUGGUCGUUUCAAGAGUUUUAUACCAAGAAAUACAUAGUCAGUUACAGUCUCGAUGGUUCAAAGAGAUCCUUUAGGUUUUACAAAACUCCAACCAAAACUGGAAAGAAAGUAUUGCCCUGGACGGAAUUUACUGGAAAUACCGACGCCACUCAUCUGGUUAAGAACGAGAUUCAUCCUUCUUUCGUUGCAAAAUUCAUCCGAAUCUAUCCGCUUGAAUUCAAGAAUGAGAUGUGCACGAAGGUUGAGGUUUAUGGUUGCAACGAGUCUGUUGAUUGCACUCAUGUCGUCAAACUGAACGAGAACCAACGAGUCGAUAUAAUCUCCCCAUCUUAUCCUUUACCCUAUCGCAAUGACGCCCACUGCAAUUGGUUGAUCUACCUUCCGAAACCCCACUACCCCGUCUCAAUCUUUGCGAUGGACUUUGACGUUGGUGGCUCAGCACAGGAUCAAGAAUCUUGCGCGCGUGGCGUCCUGAAGACGUAUGAAAAUAUCCACCCCUUUUCGAAGUACUUGAAUGGCACUUACUGUAACAACAGCGCUCGUGUGAUGCCAAGGGAGAUUAAGAUGACCACCGACUCCAUGAGAAUUUCCUUCACUGGAGGAGACAAUCACAUCGCACAACACAGAGGCUUCUUUAUCAUGUUGUGGGCAACCAGAGAAGAGUACAAGACAGCGAAAGCCUGCCAGAACACCGCCAUCACCCUGGAUUGUUCAAAUGCUGAGCAGGACAUAGAAGUUAUUUCAGCUUUCUACGGCCGCCGUCCGAACUAUCCUGUAUGCACAGCAGAAAAUGGCAACACGGGGAAUGCCUCCUUCUACACAGACUCCUGCAAGGCCCCUGGUGCUCUGCCCAAGCUAAAGACCAUUUGUGAUUAUCGAAAUGUCUGUAAGAUUGAAAUCAACGAUGAGAAUUUCCCUCAGGAAUGCGCCUCUGGUGAACCCCUCGAGAUGUUUGUAGUCUACCACUGUAAUGUCACAAAACGCACCUCCACUAUGAAACCGCAUGAGACUUCUCCCUUUGAAAGUACAUCAUCCUCUUCCAGAGUAAUCAAUGCUGUCACUACAACCACCCCACCGCCCACAACAACAACUGCCCCACCGACAACACCCGCAGCCACCACGGUUGCGCCAGAGUCCGAAGACACAUCGACCCCCGCAACCCACGGUGCCACGACAAAGAUCGUCGCCCAACCAGCCAAAGGUCAUAACACAACAUCUAUCGUUCUCAUCGCUGCAGUCGCUGGAGGGGUUUUUGUAGUGAUUUUGGCUCUCAUCGCUCUCAUAACAUGCGUUUGCUGCAAAAGAAACAGGGGCAACGAAAAAGCACAGUUGGCCAAGAAAGGGGUUGUCCCAUCGGAAAGCACUCAAAGUAAAGUGAUGGUUGAAUCUGACAGUUUGUACGAGAAAAUUAGCGAGUUAGAAAUGGAUGUUAGAUAUUCUGAAGCCGAGCCCAACAGAUACAGUCCUGCACUCAGUCGUGAUCCUCGCCGUGGAAUGAGCGAUAAUCCGUUGUACCAAAGUUCUGGACCACCGAAAGCUAAUUCUUCGUACGAUUUGCCAAGUUCUGCAAGAUACACAAAUCAAAGCCAUCUUAAUCGACCACAUUCUGUUGGUAACCCACUUAAAGGUCCGAGUGUCCCCAUCACCGCUGCCCCCACUGCCGCCCCCACCGCACCGGAAUCCAACUACAUCGACGUGCUGCAAUCCCCAGAGGAACUCCCCUCCAACUCUCCGCCGAUGGUAAAAUAUUUGGUGCCGUCGAGAAACAGCCCCCCGGAUUUCCGCGUAACGAUUCCUUUAGACAGGUGUUCUGACACGAUCGAUUCACCCACCGCAGACUCGCCACUCGGGGGGGACGACGUCUAUGAAUCUAUGGAUGGGAGCAAUGCUUGAGGGAAAUUACAUCCAAUAUCUGGGAUAUAAUUCGAUCACCCGAUGUUCGAAUGACCUCAUUUUAUGGCCAUCCAAUCAACGUUUUUAAACCAUUAAUCGAGACAAACCUUCACUGAUGAAGAGUCUCUCAGCUUCACUUUCAAAGCCCUCAGCUUGUUCGCUUCAAUAUAUGAAAGCAAAGAAGGAUUUGCUUCAAGGCUUUCUUAUAUCUUCUUAAAACAGUCUAAAUUAAUAAUUAUUGAUUAUAUAAAUAAAUAUUUUAACGCCACAGAGAGCUAUAUACCAAAAUAUAUAUUCCGAAUUUACUGAAAAACGUCUGCAAAAAAACAUCGAACUUUCCGGAAGGACUCUUCGUUCCGAAAGAUUCCGAAUUUUUGUUAAAUUUGAAAUUAAUGUAAAAUAAGAUAAUAUAAUGAUAGUUUUAAUAGUUUUAUCAAAGAUUUAUAUGAUAUAAUCUCAGUAUUUCUAAACCUUAGAUUUAACCAGUUGCAAGUCAACUUUACGAGUUUCUGUUAGAGAAGUCUUGGUGAAUAUGUGGAAAUUCUAAUCAUCUUCAUCACGUGUAGAUGAAGUAUAAUAAUGAUUUGUAGUUAUUUUCUUCAACUUUCACCAAGUCUUUCUAUGGAACCUCAUCUUUAUCGUAAUUAUACAUAUACAAAGUAGUUUAAUGUUAAAUUUUAUUUUGGGUUGUGUUUUUGUUAAAAAUCGCCCAGCGUUCUUAUAGCAAGCGCUGUAUUUUAUAGUGUGGGUCUUAUGUGUAUCUUCAAAGCGGAAUGUAUACAUAUGGAUAAUAUUCAGAAUACAAUAUUAAAGUCAUUU